AUGUCAGCGUUUACAAAACCAGUGAUAAUAUCGCUUUUUCCUAUUCCAGAAGCGAUUCUUAACCAUACACAGCUCCUGAACAAAUACGAUGUCGUGAAAUACCAGCUAACGACACCUUCAGAUUUCGAAAGCGACAUGAGUAAGGAGCCAUACAGGUCUGCUAUUGCAAUUUUUGGCUCUUACCCUGGCUUUAAACCAAUUGGCGGACUCGAAGAGCAGUCCCUCAUUGACGCGUUGCCGCCAAACUUGAAAGUUAUUGGAUUAUGCAGUGCAGGUUACGAUGGUUACGAUCUGCAGCAUCUAUCUUCGAAAGAUAUCAAACUAUGCAACGUUCCAGUUGAUAAAUAUAUUGCUAUGGACGUUGCAGACUGUGCCUUGUGGCACGUCCUUUCUGGUAUCAGGAAGUUCAAUAGCUGGGAUAGACUGACGAGAAUCAACACGACAGAGGAUAAUCAUUCACAUACAUUGAAACUUCGUGAUAAAGUUAGAAAUGAUUUUGUUAAGCCAGGAGAAAAACAAGUAGGGUUUGCUUUUGGCCAUAUCUAUCAUGGUCAACCUGUUAGGCGGGUCUCUGGCAGGAAAUGUGUUAUUUAUGGCUAUGGUCUCAUUGGCAAAGCUGUAGCAGAAAGAAUGAUCACCAUUGGAAUGGAGGUAAAUGUCGUCAUCAGAGAUAAAUCAAAAUACCAAGACUCCGACUUCUUUUUUUACUCUUCCUCAAGUCCGAGCGAAGUAGAAAAGGCUACGCAGGGCGCAAAUGUCAUUGUGGUGUGUUUGCCGGGUGGUAAAGACACUUUUAAUUGCAUUAAUAAACAAACUUUUGAUAAUGUUGGUAGUGAUUGUGUUGUUGUGAACAUCGGUCGUGGAUCAUGUAUUGAUACUGAGGCGUUAAAAGCAGCAAUUGAAUCAAAUAAGGUCUCACAUGUCGGUCUGGAUGUUUUCCCGAACGAACCAAUCAUUGAAGCCUACUGGCACGAUGAAAAAGAGGUCAAUUCAUCAUCCAAUAGAUUCUACACAACUUCAGUCACCCCACACUUGGGAAGCAGUACUAUUGAUACCCUGGAAUUUGCAUCCUUCACAUGCAUAGAAAAUAUAAUGAUAGGGAUAGAAACAGGACAAUUCAAAAAUGUUGUCAAUGAAAAAUGA